AUGUGGGUCAUAAUCUAUCUACAUGGCGAAAAAGAGCCUCAACCCAUUAUUCGACGCAUCAUCAAUACUCUUUUAUCCUUAUCUUAUUUAUGCCACUCUUCCAUUUUCGUCCGUCUCGCGAAUGCAGGCAAGGUAACCAAUCUGACUGCCGUCUCUACCACCUCUACUAGCCUCCUGCUCUCCUGGACGCCUCCAGCCCUACCUAGUGGCUCCACAAAGCUGCGUUUCGUGUUCACCGUUUCGCCAGCACCCACCUCAGCCUUCGUAAGGGGCAUCUCGGUCUACACUCCGACCACCUAUUAUGCAGUUGUCGGCCUCGUUUCGUGUCAGCUUUACGAGUUCACGAUGACCGUCUACACGGCCGAACUGAAUCAGCCCGGAUCACUAGCAAGACUAUCCAACCAAAAGACUAGUGAGUUGAUUAACGUAUCUGCCAGCCUCUUCAUUUGGCUAUUCCUUUGA